GCGAGCGGGGGGCGGAGCCAGGAGGCAGAGAGAGGCUCAGGUCUGGGGAGCGCUGCGCCAAUACAAGCCGGCCCAGGAGAGCGGCUCCCUGUGUGUCUGACCCUCCCCCGCGCGGGCAGUCAUGGCGCGCGAGGAAGGGGAAACUCUCCCAAGAGCCCGCAGGGCGUCAUAGCCGCCCCCCAGCCUCGUCACCUCCCCUGCCCCGGAGAGGGGCCCGACCCAUCUCGGCGGAGGGAUCCGCUCGCCUCCUCCAGCCUCCGCCCAUUUCUGCUUCUGCUUUUUUUUUCUUUUGCAAGAAAAUAAUUUGACAGCGAUUUGCUGACACUGGGAUUUUGCAUCAGAGAUUACAAGAAAGAAACCCCCCAACGACCUCUCCCCCGAUCACUAGGCGGGGCGCGCAAAGGGGGAUCAUGCAAAAGGUGCAGCAAUGCCUGCUCACACAGCUGCUCAGUCCUGACUUGGAGGAGUGACUUCUGGGGAAGCCUGCUCAGGAAGACAUUAGAAAGUUGAUCUCAAUAAUUCAACAACAGGUUGGUACACAAGUAAUCAGUGUCUGUGUAACAGUGAUGGCGACAUUGUAGACUAUCCACAAGAGGACUACAUGCCCCACCUCCCAAGCUGGAGGUGCCUGGCAUAGUGAAUCUAUUGUUUUCGGUUAAGAUUUUUAUUUUGGUCUUUUUCAAAAAUGUGAAGCAGCAUCAAUCUGAAAUUGGAAUUGCAAGCACACCAGAGGGAAUUAGUUUUUGUACUGUAAAUGGACAAGCUGAAUAAUAAAUUCUAGCAAUUUUUUUUCAUACUUGGAAUAUCUCAGGGUCUACAAGUUUAUGGUUUUUGUGCCUGUAAGAUCAGGAUAAAGGUGACCAAAAAUGGGGGAUCAGCAGUUGUACAAACCUAACCACACUGCCAGCAGCAAUGAGAAUUUGUAUUAUCAACCACACCAAAUGAACUCUCUCCCCCCUAUAAAUCACAGCUAUGGAACAUCAGGCAUGGAUGCUUCUCAGGCUUCUCCCCUUUCUCCCCAAUUCCCCCAGGAUUCCAGAGAGAGUAUAGCUUUGAAUGUAGGUUCAAAAAACAUUGGGUCAGCAGACUCCUCUAGACAAACAAGUUGGACACAUACUGGCUCAGGAAACCACGUCCCAGUAAGGAACAAUCAGAAUGCCAUGUGGAGCCCGUUAGGGCAGAAUGAACCUGUCGACGGAUACCAAUAUUCCUAUUCUCAAGGCAAUGAACUUCGGUCACAAAAACUUACUAGUGGAGUUUUGCAUAAAUUGGACUCCUUUACACAAGUAUUUGCUAACCAAAAUUUAAGAAUUCAAGUCAACAAUAUGGCUCAGGUCUUGCAUGCUCCGUCUUCAGUGAUGGAUAAUGCCAGUGACAGUGCACUUAGACAGCUGCUGUCUCAGAAGCCUGCUGUUGAGCAACAAUCGGUAACUUCCACUGUACAAAGAUAUCAGCAAGGGCAGCCCCAAGUACACCAGAAUUUUGCAAGCACUCAGCAAAAGCAGCAAAUGCAAGUCAUGCAGCACCAACAACAGUUGUAUUAUGAUUACCAGCAACACUUAUCUCAGCUACAAAUGCAUUCUGCAAUGCAGCAAGGGCAGCCACAUGUGCAACAAAUGCAGUCUCAGCCGCUGUUACCGCAACAGAUGCAACAGUUGCAGCAGACUCAAUAUUAUAUGCAGCAACAGCCACAGCAGGGACAGCAGCGGCUCUCAAUACAAGAGAUCCAGCAGCAGCAGCAAAGUCGGCAGCAACAGCAGAGGCAGUGUCCAAUGCAAACAGCUCAGUAUUAUCAAACACAACCAGUGACGCCGCAGUUACAGUUGCAGCAGCAGCAGCAGAUGCCGCUGCAUCUUCCUGCCUAUCAUAGGGAUUCUGACCCCAAAACUGUGCAUGAAAUACACCAGUACUCCCAGGAUCAAGCUCAUUCUGUACAGCUUGUACAGUUGGGAACGAUGCCUCAGUAUUUCUAUCAGGAUCCACAGCAGCAGUACAGGCAUUUGUAUCCACAAAGCGUAUUGCAACAGCAGCAGCAACAAGAGGACACCGACCAGCGAAAGCAAUACCAGAAUGACAAUAGGCCUCAAGCUCUGAUGAACUCCCAUGUUGGCCUGAGUGUGGCAGAGGCAAUAGAGGAUACUACACGGCAGGAAAUUCAUUCUGUAUGUAACGCUGGCCCUCAUCGAACUCUUUUAGCACCAUCCGGUAUCCAUCUAAAUAACAAAGGGUCCCAACAAGAGUCUCCUAGUGCUAUUUGGCCUCAGCAGAUUCAACUGUCCGAUGGCAGACUGCAGCCACUGUCCCCUGAGCCAAGUGGCCCAAACAAAGGAACAUUUCCUGAGAGAUCCCAUAUAAAGAGCAAGCUAACGUGUUCAAUAUGCUUGAAGGAAUUUAAGAGUUUACCAGCCCUAAAUGGUCACAUGAGAUCACAUGGAGGAGUAAGAGCAUCUCCUAAUUUUAAACAGGAUGAAGGAGAGAAACUGCCACAACAGCAGGCGCCUAAAGAGGUGGAUAACCUCGCACCUAUCGUCAUGCCCGUUUCUGUCCCUGUAAAGCUUCUGUCGCCUGAGCCCAGUGCGCAGUCUGCUAACAACAGUACCACAGUCAAAGACAAGCCUGCCAAUUCUGUGUCAGAUGACGAGAUGCCAGUUCUCAUGAAGAUGACUUACUCUCCACCGUGCAGUCCAAAAGUGGUCACCCCCUGCUCAUCUUCUGAACUUAGCAGAAAACAGCAUCAAAGUGCUGCAAAACUGGAAGAAGACUUCAAAUCCCUGCAGGACAAGAAAAAAUAUCGACAUAGACCGGAACCACUCUUCAUACCUCCUCCUUCCUUCAACUUCAGUGCAUCCUACUCAGGAGCUAUGCUGUAUCAAAGCCAGCUUCGCUCUCCCCGCAUCCUAGGAGACCAUCUCCUAGACAGGACACAUGAGUUUCCUCCCUAUACCCCUCCACCUAUGCUUAGCCCAGUACGCCAAGGAUCUGGGCUCUUCAGCAGCGUUAUCACAUCAUCUCAUAAUGCAUCUCACCCCCAGCUGCCGCUUACUCCUUUGACACCCACUCCACGGGUGCUCCUAUGUCGAUCUAAUAGUAUUGAUGGAAGCAGCAUUCCAGUGACUCCAGGGCCUGGAGAACAGACCGUUGAUAUAGAACCACAGAUCAAUAUUGGAUCAAGAUUCCAGGCUGAUAUUCCUGAACUACAAGACCGAUCAUCAAUGGGGAGAGAGAUGCAUCGGGCAACUUUGGUUUGGAAACCAUGGCCAGAACUGGAAAACAAAGUCUUCCAACAAAGAGUGGAAGACCUCUUAAAUAUGUGCUGUUCAAGCGUGUUACCUGGUGGAGGAACUAAUUCAGAAUAUGCAUUGCACUCCCUCUUUGAGUCCAAAGGGGAUAUUAUGGUUGCCCUGGAAAUGCUGCUGUUGAGGAAGCCAGUAAGAUUGAAGUGUCAUCCUUUGGCAAAUUACCAUUAUGCUGGAUCUGACAUGUGGACACCUCUAGAAAGAAGGAUGUUUAACAAAGCAUUAUCCACUUACAGCAAAGAUUUUAUUUUUGUACAGAAAAUGGUUAAGUCUAAGACAGUUGCACAGUGUGUGGAAUACUACUAUACUUGGAAGAAAAUCAUGCGUCUGGGACGGAAACACAGAACACGCCUAGCAGAAAUAAGAGAUGAAUGCCUGACAAGUGGGGAAGAGGAAGAUUUAGAGGAUGAGGAGGAGAUGGAAGAAGAAAGAAAAUCUGUAAAAGAAGAGGAAAGUGAAAUGCAGAAAUCUCCUGAACCACCACCUAUAGCUCUUGGUGCACCCGUAGACCUGCCACCCCUUCAAAGUCUCACGUUUUCCGCAGCCUCUUUUAUCUGUGAAAUGCCAAACUGUGGUGCUGUGUUCAGCUCCAGACAAGCACUAAAUGGCCACGCUCGAAUUCAUGGUGGUACAAACCAGGUGACAAAACCACGAUGCACCGUUCCAGGUACAAAGCAAAAAUCUGGCACGCAGAGUGGAUACUGCUCCGUCAAGAGCUCCCCCGCCCACAGCACAACAAGUGGCGAGACGGACCCAACAACAAUUUUUCCUUGUAAAGAGUGUGGCAAAUUGCAGAAACCUGAUAAUCGCUCCCUGAAAUCCUCCAAGUUAUACAUAGAUUUCUCUUCACCAUCAUCUCUUUCAAGGGUGUUUUUCAAAAUCAAAAGUCGCAAUGCUCAUAUGAAGACCCACAGACAACAGGAAGAACAGCAAAGGCAGAAGGCUCAGAAAGCUGCUGUUGCAGCAGAAAUGGCAGCCACUAUUGCAAGAACUACUGGGCCAAUUGGACAUGGUGUGAUCCCUCUGGAUCAUUUGAGUUUGAUUAAACAUGUUGAACAUGUAGAUGACCUUGAAGAUGAUGUUGUUCAAGAGUUGGGAGAUGUCAUGGAAGAGACUGAAGUCAUCGAUGCUGACCUCUUGUUGGAUGAUGAAGAUGCAGAUUUACUUCAGGAUGAUGCUGAGUUGUAAAUGUAGAGUUGUCACAUGCAGACAGCUACUGAAAAUAUCCUGAAUGUAUCAGUCAGGAAACCUGGACAACCUGUUUAUUUCCCAUUGAUUUUAAACUACCUGUUUAAAAAUGGUAAUUUGUUUAUCCAGGUCUAGGGAAAAGAUAUGCUUCCCACCCAUUUUUUAAUCAGUUUGUUUGUUGGGGAAAAAUAAAUAAUUGGCACAAACAUUCUUAUAAGGUGUUUUAUCUGGGUUCUGCUUCACUGAGAUUAUUCAAAACCACAAAUAUAACAGAGAAAUUCAUGUUUCUAUUUCCUUUUCCUUCCAAACUUUCUAUGGGAGGAACUUUAAUCUUUAAUGCUUCAGAAUUUUCUUAUUCUCAGUUCAGUCUAACCUGGACGGUUUCAUUUUACACAUCUCACUUUGGUCCUAUUUACCAGGAAGGAGCUAUUGUUGUGCACUUCUGACUGGAUUAAUUGCCUGCAAUGGAUCUUGUAGUGUUUUUCUGAUAGUACCUCAUCUUUGUUGGAGAUGCUGACUUGAUGUGUUCUUCUGUUUUGCAUUCUUGUUGUAUCUGGAACAAAAAGAAAUCUAACUAAAUAUGAAAUUAUUACAAGAGUGACUAGCCUCCAUUCAACAGAUCACUGCUCAACCUGUACCUGUUAGUCUCCUUUCAAAAGAUAUUGUUUAUACUGUAUAUUUUAGAGCUUCCAUUUUAAUAGGAUUCAAAAGAGAGAGAUCCACUGGUUUCUGAAUGACCCAGUCUGAGAAUUGAAGACUAUUCUAUAGUGGUUCACUUCAGUUAAAGUGUGGCAAAAAACUCGUCCUCUAAUUGGAACACUGGAUUAGGAGCCCUGCCUUUGUAAUUGGACAGCACUGGAGAUACCUUCUAUUGUGACAAUAAAUCAUACUGUUCAGUAGCCAUCCCAGAGGUUUUAGAGGUUUUGUACAAUUGAGCAAUGUAGGAACAUAUUCCAGAAGACAAUAGAUGCUAAGAGACAUUCUUUCCUCCAAGACAGAAUCGGGGGAGGGAUGUUGUUGGUAUAUCUACUCUCUUUCAAAAGAACACUUCUGGACAUUUAAACAGAUACUUUUUUUUAAUCCUUCCUGGCCUGAAAUAUUCUUGUGCUGUUUUUGAGUAUUCACUUGCCUUUACAUCAAACUCAGAUUUUUAUGUAUUCAGUGUGACAUUUAUCCAGCAAAGGUAGGAAAAUGCUUACAUUAACUCCCCCCCCCCUUUUUUUUUCCUUUGGCCAAGAUCUGCACACAAGAUCUCUCUCUAACCUAAUCUGUAUUGACCUUGGUUUGGCACAUUCUCCACAGAUACACAGUACUGGAGUCGUAGAGUUGCACCUAAACCACAUGCAGGAUUAGACAAUGUUUGGGUGCACGACCUUUCAUUACUAAAUGGCAGUUUGUGAGCUGCUCUUGAAAUAAAAUGCUGUAAAUGUUUUAGAGGCUUCACUGAUAACACUGAUGCUCUCAUGAAUCCUGUGUAGGAGAACAAUACUGCAGAUUUUAUAACACAUUUGUAUGUAAAUCAUUUCAGAUUUUCCUGGUUCCUUUCAUAUUUUUUUUUUUUUUUUUACAAUAAGAAUAUUUCAUUUGCCACAAUAUCUGACAAUUUGUGGAGUCACAAAAUGUAGUCUUAACCAGAUCAAGCAAGAGGUUGGGCCUGGUUCUCCACAGUCUUCCCCUUGUAUACUUACACCUGUACAAAAUGAAUACAAAAUGGGGGUAGAAUACUAUCAAAUAGUGUUUCUUCACUCACCAUAGACAGAUGUAAAUGACCAUGCAAGGUGCAAAGCCAGUGAGAAUCAGGACCCAUGUCUACACAGGAUUAUUACUUGAGUAAAGAGACCAUUUUUGUGUCAAAGCAAAACAUAUAAGGCAAAAUCCUCAAGUUCUUACUCAGUCAAAUGCUCUACUAAUCAAGAAUGACCCUUGUAGGUAAGUUGAAACCAUUCAUCAUUUUCAAGUUGCAAGCUUCCUGUGAAUUCUUUCGUUGGUGGGUGGAGUUUCUUUCCCCUCUUUCUGUGGAACAACAGAUUGUUCCACCCACUCUGUCUGUGAAUCUCAGGAGAUCUGACAGAAGGCCUAUGUGCCUGUACUUCCAAUUGGCUCUCUGCCAUGCCCUGGAGCAUGACUCAUAUACACUGGGCAGUCCACAGUAGUUUAGACUUUUGUGAGUGGAGUCUACAGACAUUUAAGUAUUUGCAGAAUCAGGGCCUUUGUAUGCAGUAACUUGCAUUGGAGUCUGUGGGCUUAAGGUGGAAAGACUUGACUAGAGCCCAUCCCAUCCCUUCCCCUCCAAACCUAUGGAGCUUUGAACCCUAAGGGCUCCUUUGUGAAGGGACUUUUUCAGUAAAAUUGGAGAGAAAGUGGAAGCAUGCUGUGGAAGUUGCACUCCUCUUAUAUUGGUAGGAAGAAGUCUGCAUAUGGAGGGUCUUGCAGGGACAGUCCUGCCAAACUCAGGCAAAACUUUCAUUGCAGUCAAUGGGAGUUUUGCCUGAAGAAGAAUUUGAGUAAAAGUAUUGUAGAAAUUUUUGGAUUUGAUCCCUCACAGAAGCAAUUUAAAAAAAAAAAUGUGGGUUCCUUCUAACUAAAGAUUAUGUGGAUUUAACACAGACAUCCAGCUAACUAUUUCCUGGAUCUUCAAGAUGAAACAGGUAUACUUUUAAUUUUACACCCAUGAAAAUGAUAAAAAUUAGUUGAAAAUAACCAAAGAGAUUGCGUUUAAGGAAAGAAGGCAGAUUCCUGAAAUAGUAUUAAAUAAGUUAGGCCUCAAACACUGACUCCAUAUUCUUAAAAUGUUGCACAGUCUGAUGUUACACAGAUGCUGUUUUGCCUACAUGUAUCUAAAUGUGGUUUAGUUUUAUUUCAGAAAAGUUAUUUUCUUGCUAAUAGUUGCUGAUGCAAAACUAUGUAUUAUGGGAUGGUUUCACUAUUGGAUUUCACUAUAGUCCUUUGGUAAAGUCUGUACAUAGAAAGAAAAUCAAUAUAUUUUAUGGAAAAAAUCAUCUUAUUUUCAAAUAUAUUUAACUGAUAUAUUUUAUUAGAAGGUUGUAAAUAUUUUAGGAACUCCAGUGUAAAAAUAUAUAUAUUUACUUUUGGGUGGGAAAGCAAUGGAAAUAAAAACUACAUAUUUAAUGUAGUUUGUGAUCUCUUCCAGAUAUAGCUUCAUAUUAUUAGCAUCUGACUUGCAUGCAAUUUAAUUUCAGGAUGUAACUUAUUCAGAUUUGCACUAGGAUGGCUUAAUUUCACAAUUUAAUAUUUGUUUUGGUUUUUCUGAUGUUUUUUGUUUGGAUUCCAUAUACUUGGUACAUAUCAAAAAGCACUAUGUAUAGACAAUUCAGUUCUAUUUCUUUUGUAACAAGUAAUUGUUGUAUUUGUAAAUCUAAGAGUUUUAUGUAACAGUUUGCCAAAAAGAAGACAGUAUUUUCUAGUGAAUUUUAUACUUUUGAUAAAAUGUAGUUUGUUGGGUUUUGCUACAGUGAUGAAAAUUUCUCUUAAAUAAAUUAAUCUGUUAAAAA